UGCUGAGCUGCAGUUGCUGAUUAUGCCUCAUGUACACAUACAGUCUGCACACACAAUACAGCAAGUGGAAUCUGCUUUACAACCAGCUCCAGAAUAGCACAUUGCUUCUGCCAGUGUGGCACUGCUUUUUACACCUGAAUCACUCACUGCUGUUCCUCACUUGAAGGCAGAUCCUUUGACCUAAGCAGAUUAGACGCAUGAACGACACAGCAAGCUAUCUGUGCUUUUCAAGGAAGAGAUUUGGCUCCAAAAUAGGACACUAAGCUUUUCAGCCUUAUGCCUAUUUACCUAGUCAGCACGAUGCAGUAUCUCAGGGUGCUCACUUGCCUCCUGGGGAAUCAACUGGGAAACAAAAGCAGAAGUGGCAGCCGCUGCAAAUGUGGAAGUCUGUGCCAUUAGAGGAAACACUUGCUAAUAAUGGCCUGUGAGACCCAGGUUUCCUUGGUUUCCAUGGCAGCUAUUAGGUACCAUAGAAAUUGAAUUGCACACUGCUCCUGGGGGAGUGAAAGGGUGUUCGAAUGACAGAGCAUUACCUGAAACUUGUCGUGUUCAUCUUUUGGCAAAACUAACUGGAUUAUGUCUUCAUUUUUUAAUGAAUUUUGUGUCUUGUGCUUUUAGAAGAUCCGGAUUUACUGUGAACAUUCAUUUCCAAUAAUCUUUUUUUUUUUUUUCUUCCUCCUCGUGUAUAGAACUGAUCUUGGAAAAUCAAGGAUAUGAGCUAUUACACAGGUGGGCUACAAAGGGGGAGUGCAAGCAUCAAGUAUCCAAUCAGGUAUUGGUUACCUGUAGCACCAACAAUAUGCCCCUGCAACAGAUUUCUGUAGUCCCUGUACGGGAAACAGCUAGCAAUGGGAGAAGUUCAAUGGGAAAAAAGAACAAAGAAGUUCAGGCAAGCAGUCCAACAGGCACUGCUCCAAGAAGCCACUCACAAACGUCAGUAUGUCCAUCAACUCAGGAUAUAUGUAGAACUGCCUUACUUGAUGUUUCAGAAGAUGACCUUGUCCAUACUACACCUCUCAUACCAAUUGCACCAUCUAGUAGGGAGACUGGUAAGAAACAAAUCAAGAGAAAGUUUAGACGUAAAAGAGCAAGUUGUACCACCUGUGCUCAAACGUUAAAGCAAAGUAACAUGAAACCUAAUGAUGAAACACAGAAAGUAGAUGCAACUGACCCAGACUCCUCAUCGGAUGAGAGACAAUGGGCCAUGAGACUUAAAAAACAUGCAAAAGUGAAACCAAUUAAAAAAGGAAGAGUAAGGGAUAUACCACAACACAACUAUGAUGGUUCCUCAGAUUGUAAUGUAAUUGAAAUGGUUCCAAUAACUUCUAAAGACUCAUAUGAGCAAAAAGGUCAUCAACAGCCUUUCAGCAGUUUUGCCAACUCUACUUCUUACCAUAGAAGGAGAAAACUGUCAAGGGUCAAAGAAUCUAGCACCUCCUCAUCUGGAUCACCUAUUGAAACAAAGCGAUAUCCUAACAGAAGAGCAAAGAGAAAAGUAAAGCCUUGCUGCAUGGAUACUGACAAGUGUCAAUGUCUCUCUAGAAAAGACAAAGUAGUCAAGACAAAAAUAAGGGAGGAAGGUGCUGGUGCAGAGACUUUGGCACCAGUCCCUGCCGGCCCAUAUGACAGUACUGCUUCACCUAUUAACAAUGAUGAGUGGAGUGAUGAAGCAGAAGACUGCAGAAUCUGCCAUUGUGAGGGAGAUGAUGAAAAUCCCCUUAUUACACCAUGUCGCUGUACUGGAACACUGAGAUUUGUACAUCAAGCCUGUCUACACCAGUGGAUUAAAAGCUCAGACACUCGUUGCUGUGAACUCUGCAAGUAUGAUUUCAUUAUGGAAACAAAACUCAAACCUCUUAGAAAGUGGGAAAAACUACAGAUGACAAAAAGUGAGAGGCGGAAAAUAGUCUGUUCUGUAACAUUUCACAUAAUUGCCAUUACAUGUGUAGUAUGGUCUUUGUACGUGCUUAUAGACCGAACAGCAGAGGAAAUCAGGCAAGGAAAUGACAAUGGUGUUCUGGAGUGGCCAUUUUGGACAAAAUUGGUGGUGGUGGCUAUUGGAUUUACAGGUGGCUUGGUGUUUAUGUAUGUUCAAUGUAAAGUCUAUAUACAGCUGUGGCGAAGACUGAAGGCUUACAAUCGGGUAAUAUUUGUUCAGAACUGUCCUGACACCACUAAGAAGCCUGAAACAAAGAACACUCCAAAUAAUCAGAACACAGAUAUUAAGGAUUCUAUAACUGUUCCAGUGUCACAGACAUCUACAAAUCUACAAUCAUGUGCUGAAGCACCUGGAGUACCUGGGGUCAUACCUGUCUGAGCAGCCUGGCAGUAUUCUCCAAUAACUCUCUAUGUUUCUUAUUCACUGCAGACAUGUUACUAGGCGCUAGUAAUUUUCUCCCCGUGAUACAGAAAUGGAAAAUACAAUACCACAUUAUUACACCUGUUAUUGAUCUUACAGUAUGAUCAUGACGGUACAAAACUAAGGAAAAAAACACAAGAAGGAAAGAUAUUACAUUUUUGUAUGACCAUACAUGAAGAAAUACUGAUUUUAUUAGUUUUGAUUUGUGAAGGAGAACUUAUUUUUCCAGUUGUUGUAUUUGUUUAUAUGUGAGUGAGUUUAAUGUUUUCUAUUGAACAAAAAAUCUAAAAAAAAGACAUGUAGACAAUAAAUUCAAAUAACAUAGCACUAAUAGUACUAUCUGUAGUCUAAUUUAUAAAUUAAGUCUCAGAAGAUACAAAAAAAACUUUAAUUUGUACAAUGUUAUGGUAUAGUAUUUAUAUAGAACUGGGUUUAUACACUGGGCUGUAAUACAGUAUGUAAGCAGUCUUUGAAUUAACACUUCUUGCUGAAUUGUAUUCAUUGUGUUACUAUGGCGAAUCGGAGAGCAUAUGCAAUUCUAAUAAUGCCUGUUUCCAAUCAUUGAAUCUUUUGUGAAGGAUCUGGUAUAAAUCUAAUCAAUAUACAGUAUUCAGCAUAUAGUAUGUGGUAGAAUUGAAAACAGCAACAAUGUUAUUACCACUUAGUAAAGCAAGAGUGGUGGAUGUGUUACACAUAGUAUUUUCAUGGGCUAUUGCAUUUUGAAUAAAACCAAAGCAGCCUGUUUCAGCACUGACUAUAACUGUGUUUUAUUUUAAAUUUUUUCAUAAUUUAACUUUAAGGAUCUGAUACAGCGAGAGUAAUCGUACAGAGAGAGUACUUCCCAAGUAUGCGUACAGAGAGAGCACUUCCCAAGGAUGCGUACAGACAAAGUACUUCUCAACUAUGUGUACAAAGAGAGAGUACUUUCCAAGUAUGCAUAUAGAGAGAGCACUUCCAAAGGAUGCGUACAGAGAGAGCACUUCCCAAGGAUGCGUACAGAGAAAGUACUUCUCAACUAUGUGGACAAAGAGAGAGUACUUUCCAAGUAUGCAUAUAGAGAGAGCACUUCCAAAGGAUGCGUACAGAGAGAGCACUUCCCAAGGAUGCGUACAGAGAAAGUACUUCUCAUGUAUGUAUACAGUGGGAGUACUUCCCAAGUACGCAUAUAAAGAGCAUUCUUCCCGAUUAUGCGUACAGAGAGCGUGCUUCCAAAGGAUGCAUAUAAAGUACUGCUCAAGAAUGCAUACAAAAAGAGUAAUUUCCAAGUAUACAUACAGACAGAGUACUCCCCAAGUAUGCAUACAGAGUACUUCCCAAGGAUGCGUACAGAGAGAGCAAUUCCCAAGUAUGCAUACAGAAAGAGUACUUCCCAAGGAUGCAUACAGAGAUAGUACUUUCCAGGUAUGCAUAUAAAGAGAGUACUUCCCAAGUAUGUGUACUGUACAGAGAAAGUACUUCCCAAGUAUGCGUACUGCAUUAUCUGUGAUUUUGCACUGUGCCUAGAACAGUGAGUGAACACUUAUGUAAUGUGCAUGAUACAGCCAGUUAAGCUUGCUUGUGCCUUGAUGCUGUAGGUGCAAUGAGAAGCUUUCUAACGUAGACAUGUACAGUAAAGGUGACUUUACAUAAUUGUGCAAAGACGCACAUAAGCCUUAGAGCCAGAUUACUUGCAAGUGGUCAUGUGAAGGUGAAAAAAGUGAAAGAUGAUGCUGGUUCCACCACUGGCAAACCACUUGGCUGGUGUCAGCACUGAUCAGUGAUCUCUUUGCUUCUCUGACAUAUUGGUCCCGAUUCAGAUGUAGUUGGAGCUGUGCUCAUUGUCACAAAGUAGUGAUUGUUGGUACUUUGUGCAUGAGCAGGACCCAUUCUGCAUGUGCACAAAUGGGUCCUCUACUCCAUUUCUGGGACUUUUUACUGUGUAUGCUAAAGUAUUAAGUGGUGUACCUCAAGGGUCUGUGCCAGGGACUCUUCUAUUUAACAUAUUUAGAAAUGACCUGGGAGACGGUCUUGAGAGCAAAGUGUCCAUUUUCGCAGAUGACACUAAACUGUGUAAAAUAAUUAAAACAGAUAGAGAUGUUGACUAUCUACAGAAUGACUUAAUCAAAUUGGAAGUUUGGGCCACAAAGUGGAGUAUGAGGUUUAAUAUAGAGAAAUGUAAAGUUAUACAUUUUGGGACAAAGAACAAACAUGCAAUUUACAAAUUGAGGUGACUAAGAGGAGAUAUGAUUAAUAUUUAUAAAUACAUUGAGGGGCAAUAUAGGGAAUUAUGAGACAAUUUGUUUAUCAAGAGACCUGUAGACAGAAUAUGUAGCCACCCCCUAAGGUUAGAGGAAAGGAUUUUUCAAACCCAGCUAAGGAAGGGUUUUUUCACAGUGAGGAUGGUAAAGAUAUGGAACUCUCUGCUGGUUACUAUGUAAUGCUCUCUGCAUUAUGUGGUAGUCAAUUUGACACUCUCUGUAUAUGGCGGGCACUACAAUGCACUCUGUAUUAUAUGGUGGCCACUGGUGGACUGCAUUAUAUGGCAGGCACUGCGAUGUUCUGCAUUAUAUGAUGAGAACUUCAAUGCUCUAUAUAUUAUAUGGCAGUCACUGCAAUGUACUCUGCAUUAUAUAGUGGUCACUGCAACACUUUUUGAAUUAUAUGGUAGGCACUGUGACACUCUUUGUAUUAUAUGGCAGACUGCAAUAUUCUCUGCAUAGUAUGGUGUUGACUGAUGCUCUCUGCAGUAUAUGGCAUUCAAUGUGAUGCUUUCAGUGUAGUAAUGCAGUCACUGCAAUGUUCUCUGUAUUAUAUGGCAGUCACUGAUGCUCUCUGCAGAAAAGUGGAUCCAUUUACCAAUAAAUAUUUAUGCCUUA